GAAGGUUUCUUCAGAUCAGGAGGCCGAUAAACGACUGAAACGUUUAAAUGUUAAGUUGAACUCUAAGGACCCUGACCUCCAGUUUGGCUCUAGACGUUGCCAUGGAGACGACUGAUGGCGGGACAGGCGGCCACGAGACACAGCAGGUCACUGCUGAAAGCUAAGAGUAUUCAUAGAAAGUUGAGUGGAAAGAAAAAGUUACCCAGUUAGAACUGCAGCCUUGACUCGAUAGUUGAGCAGAAUCCAGUCAGCUCCUCCUGAUUCGUCACUCUGGAACGUUUCUCCAUGGAUGGAUGUGAAUCUAAUCCUGUUGCCAUGGAGAUUAAAUGAUUUCUCAACACUCCGGUUCCUGUCCGGUUCCGGUCUGGCCCAGGUUUUGAUGAGGAGUAACAUGAUGGAAAGCUUAUAGCUGGUUUUCCAUGAGACCGCCCCUUUAAAACAGAGCUGGUGUAGAAACAAGAGGUCUCACUCUGACAAGCAGUUAAAACCAGUUAGUUCUUUCUGCAGGGACAUUUAUGUAGUUUAACUACUGAGCAGCACGUCAUGAUAAAAUGACUCAAAGCUAAAGUACAAAGAACUGUUCAGUGAAGCUCCUAUUGAAAAGUAAAUUUAUUUCAUUUACUCAUCAAGUGAAACAUAGAUAACUGAAGUUUUAACACCUUUAUUUCUCUUCAUCAUGAUGAUUUUCUGCUUAUAAAUAAAAACACAUUAAAGACCAGAAUAUUACAGCAAAUGAUUUUGGGAAACAGAAAUGUCUUCUUACUGAGAAGUUUGUAUAAAACUUCAUUAAAGGCCAUUUUUAAAGCGGUUCAAUAAAUCGCUUCUCCUGAUUAAUUGAAUGUUACUGACUGCGGUCGCCAUGACAACACAACCAUGGCUAUGAAAAUAAAUCUGCUCAGGAUUUUAAUGAAAGUAACUGAUCUCAUUAAAGCUCUGCAUAAAAUCUGGAUUCUCACCGGAUCCAGAUUAAAAUUCAGGGACAUUUUAUUAAUCCCAACCAGAGAUUAAACCUGAUGGAGUUAUGCGAGUACAAGCUGAGUUCUGAUUGGCUGGCUGACAUUUAGGGGGUGGAGCUUCAGCAUGCUGUGUCUGGGUCUGGUUCUGGUUCUGGGCUGAAACUGAGGGACAGAAACAGAGAAGCUCUGAAGACAGAACUGCUCCUGGUCCGGUUCUGAUGCGGUCCAGAACUGGCCCUGAUCCUCCCCUGGGGAUUAGCUCCUCCCCCAUCACCUCUCCUCUUCUCCAGGUGGCUGCAGGAAGCUCCGCCCCUCUGAUCCUCUCUCUGAGCUGCUGACACACACACUCUCUCUCUCUCCCCGUCUCUCUUGCCCCGGUCCGGUCCGGUCAGCAUGCUGGGCCUGCUGGCUGCUGGUUCCAUUUUCUUCCCGGGAAUCUUCCUGGCAUCAAAGCAAAUCCUGGAGCAGCUCAUGGGAUGGAGUGAGGUGGACGCCGUGGUGAUCUCAGCACGUCUGGUGUCAUCUCUCCAGGCCGUCAUGGCGUCCUCGGCCGGAUGGACCAUCGUCUCGUCCUGCAGGGAUGUUAUGGAGGACAGACACUGGCUGGCCGACGCCUACAUCCUGUUCGCCACGCCGUAUUUCUGCUACGACCUCUUGGCCAUGUUCCUGUGCUACUGGUUCAGGCUGCGGGUCAAAGGUCACCAGGAGGCGGGGCCUGACGGUGGCUCGGUGUGCACCGCGGUGUUGGGUUUCCUGCGCCGGGAGGUUCUGAUGGUUCUGCAUCACGUCUUCAUGGUGGCCUUCUGUUGCCCCGCCUCUCUGGUGUGGCGCCAGGGGCGGGGCGAUUACUUCCAGGGCCUUUUGUUCCUGGCUGAGCUCAGCACACCGUCUGUCUGUCUGGGGAAAGUUCUGAUCCAGUUCCAGAGGCAGGACUGGCUGCUGCAUCGGGUCAACGGCGCCGCCCUUCUGCUCAGCUUCUUCUGCUGCAGAGUUCUGCUCUUCCCCUACCUGUACUACGCCUACAGCAGGUACGCCUCCAUCCCGCUGUACCGGGUCCCCCUGGUGGCCCCCUGGCAGUGCAACCUGGGGGCCGCCCUGCUGUGGCCCCUGCAGCUCUACUGGUUCAGCCUGAUCUGCAGAGGAGCUCUGAGGGGACGCUGAGGGGACAGGGGGAAUGCUGA